AUGGCGGCCGAUAUGCCCCUGUUUUACCACGGCGCCAUCAGUAAGAAGGACUGCGAGGAGCUGAUGGGGAAGAAGAACAAAGAUGGAGCUUAUUUGAUCCGUGACAGUGAGACCAUCGCAGGAGCUCUGUGUCUCUGUGUGUUUAAGAAGCCCGUGGUUUACACAUACAGAAUUCUCAAGACCCUCUCUGGACAAUACGCACUGGUGUCAAGUGUAGGGGCAGAGGAAAUCUAUUACAAAUCUCUGGAUGACCUGGUGCAGAACUACAAGAGGAAACGCCAGGGUUUAGUGAUGCAUCUGCGCCACGCCAUCAAGAGGAAGACCGCACUGAUGAUACAGGCCGCGACGCAGAAACGUGUGGCAAUUUGUUUCGUGGUAAUAACACACCAUGGAUUCGCUGCACUGUCAACAUUCCUGGAAACUGGACUUUAUCUGAAUAAACUGGACGAAAACAUCUCGGCCCGUCUUCCUCAUGCUGUGUUUGUGAUGCUGAGUGCUCCCUGA